GGAACGAGUUGACAAUCUCUGCACAACCGCUCGCGACAAAGCUGCUAUUUUCUCCAAGUGUUUACACAGAUAUCAAGAAAAUUUGCCUAUUUUGUCCCAGUACACGGUAAAGUAUUCUGAGGGUAAAGGAGUUGAUGUUUAUGAUGACAACCUCAUCGAGCUUGAGCAGUCUUCUCUUGCUGAGCCAAUUACACAGCACGCUAGUGGUGCCGGGCAUGAGGUAGAGGGCCGCCACUGCUGUCUCUGCGGGUGGCCGCUGCCUCGGCGUACGGGACUACUUGCUGGGGGCGCUUGUUCGUGUUGGUUCUACUUGGCACCUCCCUCCUUUCUCUCCUCCUGCGGGGUUGCACCUCCUAGGACAAUCUCGGCUACCAGCUGCUGCUGCGACAUGGCUGGAAAUCCGGACAGGGCCUGGGCAAGAAUGAGCAAGGGCGCACCGAUCCCUUGCCAAUCAUCCUCAAGGAAGACAUCAUGGGAUUUGGACGAAUGGAGAUGGAAAUGGACUACGCAGAGGAGACAACAGAGAAAAGGAGAACACUGGAGAUUGAGAAAGAAGAGACAGAGGAGCUCAAACUUAAGUACAAGGCCGUUCAAGAGAAAGAAAAGGUAGUUCAGGAGGCCUUGGCGAGCCUGAAGGCCAAUUUCUACUGCGACCUCUGUGACAAACAGUACACAAAGCAUCAGGAGUUUGACAACCACAUCAACUCUUAUGACCAUGCUCACAAACAGAGGCUGAAGGAGCUCAAGCAGCGGGAGUUUGGACGCAAUGUGCUGUCAAAGGUGAAACGCGAGGACAAGGGCCGUGAGAAGGAGCAGCGGCGUCUUCAGCAUUUGGCGGAGCUGAGGGCUCAUGUGGCAGUGAUGCGAGGACCCACUGAAAUGGGAACUGGAGAAAAGUUCAGAGGACGUUUCCAGCAAGUGGACUAUGUAGAUGAAACAAAGCCACAAGCAUCAUCGCAGUCUCCCACUCUCUAUGACAGUGACGAAUACCAGCAGGACACAAAUGAUUGCCAGCCGGACAUCAAUAAAUGCCAGCUAGACACCAAUGAACUCCAGCAAGACAUCAAUGAAUGCCAGCAAGACAGUGAUGAAUGCCAGCAAGAUGUUGAUCAAAGACAGCAGCAAGACAUUGAUCAAAGACAGCAGGAAGCCGAUGAAAGCCAGGAUGCUGAUGAAAGCCAGGAUGCUGAUGGAAGCCAGGAUGCUGAUGAAAGCCAGCAGGACUCCAACAAUGCUAGUUCGAGUGAUGAUGAUGAAAUCGAUGAAAAAAAGGAACAGGACCUUGACAGCCAAGCUCAGAGUCCACCUGGAAGUGCGCCAGAAGAAGAACAAGAAGAAGAAGAAGCAAUCAUCCCACAAACAACAUUUUUUGCUGAUUCAAACAUAUUCGAACUGCCACCACUGCCUGGUGAGAUUCCUCUUCCUACCGACAUUCCACCUCCCCCUCUCCCACCUCCAUCUUUAGGCCUUACUAUCUUGGACCCUGGUCAAGAGAAGUACUCGCCAGAAGAGCCCACACCUGCCCUUCCAGAGCCUGCUCUGCCCGAGUUGCCACAACCUACGGUGCUCGACUUGCCACAGCCUUCAGUGUCCGAGCUGCCACAGCCAUUGGUUUGUGAGCUGCCUCCACCUCCUACCCCACCUACAGAGGCACUCUUGGCUGCACCAGAGCCACCCCUCAUCGAGGAGUCCAAGUCUAAGCAGCUUAUUGGCAAAGCAUUGGCAAAGAAGCGACUCAUCGCAUUCUCUUUAACUUCAAACCAGCCCCUGCAGAAAGCCCUUGAAGUGAAGAGAGCAGCUACUACAGUGACAAAGCCAGUCAAGGGUGCCUUGUCAUUCAGCUUUGCUCGGAAAAACAUUGGAAAAGUGGCCCCCAUUUCAAGUGCAUUGUUCAAGGAAGACGACGACCAGCCUGAUGAGGAAAGCCCAGAAGUGACCACUGCAGCUGCAACAAGUGAAGAGGCACAGCCGACUGCUGCUGAGAGUAAAAGCGCAGAAGAACCUGAGAAAAACGAGAAGCCGUCUACCGAGCCUGAGCAGCAGGAAGACAGUAACUUUUACUUUGUGGCCCCUCCCAAGAGGUUUAAGGUGAAGCCAAAGUUCGAAUUUGUGAAGUUUUUGAAGAGUGAUAAGUUUGAGCUCAAGCUUCCUGAUGAUGCAGUGGAAGGAGUUCCAGAGAAAAAAAUUAAAAAUGAGUCACAGGAAGGAACCAAGAAACCAGUUGAUGCCGCAGGCAGUAAAGCAGAUUCUGAAGAAAGUCGUGUAGAUGCGAAGAAAAAGCAGCAACUUUCUAAAGUUAGUGACAAGAGUGAAGGGUCUGCCAAAAGCAAGACAGAGUCUCUUGAUGUCUCAUCUCGAAAUGGCAGCAAGAAAAAAGAGAGUGCAACUAGUGGUGCCAAAACAGAAAAGAAGGAUCGUGGCAGAAGUCCUCGCAGCGGUAAGCACUCCAGAGACAGGAAAAGUCGUUCCCGUGAACGUAAAAGGAGUCGUUCAAAAGACAAGAAACGAAGCCAUUCAAGGGAGCGAAGGAGAAGUCGAUCCAGGGAUCGACGAAGGGGGCGAUCACGUGAGCGCCACCGCAGUCGUUCUCCACGAGAUAAAAAGAGAAGCAGAUCCAAAGAUGGAAAGCGAAGUCGCUCUAGAGACAAAAAGGCAAGCCAUGCUAAGGACACAAGAAGGAGCAGGUCGAGGGAGCGGCGGAGGAGCAAGUCCAAGGAUAGAGGCAAAGACAGAGCCGAUCAUAAAAGUGGGAAGGAAGCCAAGCGGCGGUCACCUAGCAGGGAACGAAUAAGUCACUCAAAGGGCCGUGCAAGGAGCAACGCUGACAGUCAGAAGAAAAAGGAAAAGUCUGCAGAUGACAAGAAAAGUAAAGAAAAGCAUGCCACUACUAAUGACCAUAAGAAGGAGGAAGCAGUACGGAUGGAAAUAGCAAGCGCAGAGCCACAGGCUUCAAGUCCAGAUGCACCCCAGGAUGAUGGCACUACAGAAGCAGUAAAUGGUGAGGAAUCUACUGGUGAUCAACAGGACGAAGAAGAAGAGAAGGCUGCUAGAGGGCCCAGACGUUCGCCAGAAACCGCUUGCAAGCAAGACCAGAAGCAAGCUUCUGAUUUGAGCACUUUGCAAACUGCAUGCCAUAAAAAACCUGAUGAAGCAGGUGUGUGCUUGGAAAAAAAUGAGCCAGUGUUAAACUUGAUGUGCGAGGACAGCCCACUUGAUACUCUUGGAGAAGCAGACAGUUGUGACAGUGCAGACAUGUUCCAGCGUUCACCAUGUAAGCUCUCAACAGUAUCUACUGAGAAGGUGCCACUUUGUGAUGACAAGAUUGAGACUCAUGGUGACGAGAUUACUGAACAACACAUUUUUUUAACAACCUGCUCUGUCAAGUUGGAUGAAAGUGACAGUGGGAGCAAACUUUGCCAGAUGCUGAAGUCUGAUUCCCCGUCACAGAUAUGCAUUGACAAACCAUUGCCUGAAGAAGCACAGGAAACUCAUGAAGACACAGGAGCAGUUGGUCAAAAACAGCUUGAAAGCCAAACUGAGAACCUUAAAGAAGCUAGUGAUGACUCUGGAAGUUGUGAUGAUCCCGUCAAGGCACAGCAGAAGUUCUUAGAAGAAAUAGAAGCUACCAAGAAGAGCGCCCUUGUGACAGUGCAGAGACAGAACUCUGAAAGCAAGGCAGAAGUUUCCGGAAAUAACAAAAAGACCAGCAAAGCAAGUAAACUGAAGAAGUCAAAGCCUGAGAGCACAGAGUUGUCAACCAUGGACCUCAUAGUCAAGGAGAAUAAUGCCAAGGCAGCUAAAGAGAAGCAGAAGACCGCAAAGGACAAGCCACAGGAAAAGAAGAAAAAGAAACGAAAGAGAAGGCCUAAAGCAUCUAGUUCGAGCUCAUCGUCGUCGUCAUCCUCUUCCUCAUCAUCUUCAAGUUCAUCACGUAGCAGCAGUUCAGGCACUAGCGGUAGCUCAAGCAGUUCAGGCAGUGGCUCAGACUCUGAGAGUUCCAGCAGUUCGUCUUCUUCCAGCUCUAGUUCAAGUAGCUCUAGCAGCUCAUCAUCUUCAUCCUCUUCUUCUUCUUCGGAGUGCCCUCAGAAACUGAAGAAAAAGAGGAAGAAACUGAAGCUGAAGUCCAAGAUGCUUAAGGAAAAAAUGGCUAGAAUGGCAAAGAAGUCACAUACUGCCAAGACUGUGCAAGCAUGUGCCACCAUGCUCGCACAAACUGCUAGCAUUGAUAGCAUACUGACCAUAAGCAAGCAAACAACCCAGACCACAGAGCAUUCAGGCAGUACAUUCCACAUUGGGAGUGUGUCGCAUUCUGCAUGCACAGCUGAAGACUCAAAACCACCACAAGAGCUGGUCCAGGAAAUUACUGCUUCAAGAGGUUCCAUCGAGCAAGUUAUCAUGAAGGAGGCAUCAAAACCUGACAAAGAUUUAAAUUUACAAAUGACCUUUCACCUCGAGCCAGUUGAACCUGCGUAUGGCGCACAAACAAGCAAGCAAGCUUUGGAUAAACUGCAACACAGCCACAAUGUUAAAGGUUUGGAAGAACUGUCCUCUAAGAAUGUCGCUGAUGUGCCCUGUGAACCAAAAGAUCAAUGUUUGAAAAUUGAGAAGACCACUUCUGAUGCAGAUAAAGCACAUAGUGAUGCUGCAGGAGCUCCCAGCAAGACUACAGAGCAUUCUAAAAGUGGACAUAAAAAUAAAGUUGAUGACAACGAAGCGAAGAAGCCUGAUCUUGCUGCUGCUAAAGUUAUUACAAGUGGCCAAGCCAAGGGAGCUUCUGAACCUUCAGCCAAGAAAACUGUUGAGGUGCCUUCGAGCAAGAGUCUCUGCAAUGUCAUUGUCGAGCACCAUAGUAGUGCUGAGCGCCGUAGCAGUGCCGAGCACCGUAGCAGUACCGAGCGCCGGAGCAGUACCGAGCGCCUUAGCAGUACCGAGCGCCGUAGCAGUGUCGAGCGCCGAGAUAGUACUGAGCACAGUGAUACAAAAAAAGACAAAAAGGACUGCCCACCAAGCAGUCGCCAGCCUACUGGUGAUGACAAAGCAACUGAGAAACUUGACAGUAGGAGAAGUAAGGAGCAUAAAAGGAAGAGUGAGCCAUCUCCAAGUAAUGAGCCUGCAUGCAAGAAAAGAACUGAGCAGGAUGCAACAAAAGCAAACAAGGUUGAUGUCAGAGGAACCAGUCAUCGAUUGCCAAAGUCCGAUACCACUACUGCGGAGCACAAGAAGUCUGUUGCAAAGCAGGAGAAAACCAAAAAGGAAAAAACAAAAAAGGAAGAUCAGGAAGGAGCAAAAAAGGCUAAGGAAGAGACCAUUUUGGACCCAAAAGAGAGGGAGAGACUUAAAGGUGAAGCUUUAGAAAAAGCACGGAAAGAAGGCAGCGACUGCAUUAAAGUGAAAACCGCCGAUCGAAAGAAAGAAAUCAACUGGCCUAUGACUCUUAUUAGAUAUACUAACAGCAAACCAUUUAUUUCAUAUGGCUGCAACCCCAUCUAUGGCAAGAUCAGUGUGGCAUUUGUAAAAAAGGAGAAGAGGCCUUCUGUAACUAGUAGUUCUGAGGAAAAAAAAGAAAAGAAAGAAGUUCGCGAAGUGCCAAAAAAUUCUGCAAAGAAGGAUGGCCAUAGUAGAGCACACAAGCCAAAAAAGGACAUACCGCUGGAUGUUUCAGAUGUAAACGAAGUGGCGUCACCUUCUAAGGAAGCAGUAAAGGAACCAGAUGCCGCUGACCUUGUGUCUCCUGACCUCAAUGCUAUGUCGGGACUUCAGGCUUUGCAGUGCCUGUAUGAUAACAUGGACAGUCCAGAGGUGCCAGCUAAGGAUCUGGACUCUGAAACUGAAGCAAGUCACCUCAAGGCUGAUCAGGAGGAUGUGCUUGAAGAAUCAGCAUUCAGUGAUCAGCAGGCAAACAAAGAGUUGGAUGCAGCCAGGCACUGCAGUGUUGAAAUCGCACUACCCAGUUCAGAUGCUCUUAGUGCAACACGGCACUCAAAAGGUACUCUGCUGAGAACCCCAGAGCAUGAACCACCAAAAGUGGAGAUGGAGGUGUCGUCAAAGUCACCACAUGCAAUACCAGAAAAGGCAGAAUCAUUGCCAGACAAAACAGAAUUGACAGCUGAACGUGAAACAACAGUAGAAAUUGCAGAACAAGAAGCUGAUGAGAAACAUAAAUUGGAGAAUGAAGGAAAAAACAUUAGCGUGAAAAAACAAGUCAUUUAUGAACUAACUCGUUCAAGAAAAUGUUUUGUGGAGGAUGAAGUUUUACACUCUGGUCAGGAAGAGGUCCGGCUGCCAGAGAUGGAGAAAGAAGGGAGUGUGCCUUCACCGAAUGCCAUGGAUGUUUCUGAUGAUAUGGUUGACCUACCCUUAAAUAACGAGACUUCUCUGGAAGAAACUCGUUUCUUGGAGUACAGUUCGCGUAUCAAGAUAGAGAGUAUAACAGACAUUGAAAGCGCUCAUGUGGAAACUGUGGAAACUGUAGUUGAGAAAAGUGAACUACAGAUGGAAAGAUCCAUGAACACCAUAGCCGAGAAAAGUCAACAACAGUUGGAAAGUGUCAUGAAAACUGUAGCUGAGAAAAGUGAACGACAGGCAGAAAGAGCCAUGAAAACCAUAGCUGAGAAAAGUGAACGACAGGCAGAAAGAGCCAUGAAAACCAUGGCUGAGAAAACGAAACGACAGGCAGAAAGAGCCAUGAAAACCGUAGCUGAGAAAAGUGAACAACAGGCAGAAAGAGCCAUGAAAACCGUAGCUGAGAAAAGUGAACGACAGGCAGAAAGAGCCAUGAAAGCCAUAGCUGAGAAAAGUGAACGACAGGCAGAAAGAGCCAUGAAAACCGUAGCUGAGAAAAGUGAACGACAGGCAGAAAGAGCCAUAAAAACCAUAGCUGAGAAAAGUGAACGACAGGCAGAAAGAGCCAUGAAAACCGUAGCUGAGAAAAGUGAACGACAGGCAGAAAGAGCCAUGAAAACCAUAGCUGAGAAAAGUGAACUACAGGUGGAGAGAGCCACAAGAACCGUAGCUGAGAAUAGUGAACUACAAGUGGAAAGACCCAUGAAAACCGUACCUGACAAAAGUGAACGACAGGCAGAAAGAGCCAUGAAAACCGUAGCUGAGAAAAGUGAACUACAGGUGGAGAGAGCCACAAGAACCGUAGCUGAGAAUAGUGAACUACAGGUUGAAAGAGCCACAAAAUCUGUAGCUAAAAAUAGUGAACCACAGGCGGAAAGCACCAUAAAAGCAGAAGAGCGAAAGGAAGAUGUAGCUGUGGCAGCAGCCAGCCCUAGCAUGGCUGCUUUGCCAGAGGAAUUAGUGUGCACGGAAACAAGUCAGAUACCACUUGGAGCUGACAAGGACCUGACUUCUGAAUAUGAAAAGUUCAUGGAACAGCUGAACCUCGGAAGUUGUAUUGAAGUGGAGGUAGCACAGGAAGUUGAAGUACCUAGUGAAGAUGCUCUUGAGCCUGAGCAAGCUCCAGAUGUCAUCAGUGCAGCACCAGCUGAAGGCAAGAACGAAGUGGAUCCUGUGUUCACUGUCCCAAUGCAGACUUCACUGGUAGCUUCGCUGCCAAAUGAUUUAUCUGAAGUGCCUGUUGAAGACAUUGGGGCCCUUGAGGUGGCUUGUGAGAGUGAAGUCAGCAGCUCUCCAUUUUUACCAUCUGUACCACCACCUCCGGCACCUGUACCUGCACCUAGUCCAGCCAUUGCAUCUGCCCUUGAUGCAAUCACUUACCUUUCCUCUGUUGGUUCUACUAGUGCAGACAACCAAGCAUCCUGUGUUGCUCCCAUUGGGUCCAUGGUUCCUGCUGGAAUUACCAUUGCUUCGCCAUUGCCGUUGUCAGCUCCUGCCUCGCAUACUACAGCUGUAUCAUCAGUUGCUGACAAAGCUCCGAUUCCUGUCCCUGUUCCGGCAGCUCCUGUUGCUAUGCCAGCCCCUGUGUCCUUAAUAACAUCUCUUCAGUCCUCUGUGCCACUUGCUGGUUCCAGUCCACAACUAAUGUCAUCUGCUCUUGCAGCUGUAAGUGCACCUCUGCCUGUUACAAGUUCAUCUGCCUCCUCAGAUUCUUCUAAAAGUACUGUGCAUACAAUUUGUUCAACGAGUGACGUUUCUCUUUCACCGAGCCAACCUUCCUCAUCCAAGAGGUUGCACAGGAAAAGGCACAGUGACAUUGCCAGAAUGUCUACUAGUGCUGAGGACAUUGCACCAUCUCCUCCUAAAAAGAAAGGUUCAAAACACAGCUCACAUAAAUCUGCAUCCCAAAAGCCAGAACUUCCUGCCCCGCCAGAAGUUUCCAGUAGCAAGAGUAUGUCACGGCCCAUCAUCAUCAAAGUUCAGGCGAAUUCUGAACCAAGAAUGCAGUCAGCUGCUCCUCAGAUCUUGCAGACAGAAAAUGUAGAUGGCUUGGAAUGUUUACCUGUUGAGCAAUCGGCACUGGAGGUCUGUGCUGAGGUAGAAGUUGGAAGUGAUGUCUGCACAGAGGAGCAGGUGAAGUUUCCAUCGUCAGAUGACAUGUUUGUAACCAUCAUGGACACUGAAGAUAUAUGCCUCGCUGCUGUUGAGGAAGUGGCAUGUUCAUCAUCGGAUGACCUCGGCAGCGGCUUGGCAGUACCUGCAGAACAACCCGAAGAGAAAGAAAGCUCCCCACCACCGCCUCCUCCCCCGCCUCGUUACUUGCGGCUCAAGCCACGCAAAGGCUCAUCAUCAUCAUCUGUUAGUUCAUCCAGCUCUGUAGAAGAAGUGCCACCACCGCCGCCGCCGCCUCCACGGCCACCUGUUCGUUGCUUGGUGCUCCCUCCCCCACCUGCAGGUAUUCUCUUGCCAGCCGGCAGGGGCACCCUCUCAAGUGAGCCGAAGAAGUCCGUUACUUUUGCUGAUGGCAUUCCACCAGGCAAAGAACCACCAUCAAGUGGGGGUGCCCCUUCACCGCCACCUCCUCCACCACCGCCACCUCGUGAACGCAAACACCGCACAAAGGUCAAGGUUAUCAUACCAUCAUCUGUUGCAGACUCCCUGCCACCACCACCACCUCCCCCAAAACGACCACCACCACCACCGGCUGCAGCGGCACCUACUCUGGCCACUGCUUCGACAGCAGCUACAGCAGUGGCUGCGGCAGUUGCCUCGGCAGUUGUCUCGGCAGCAGCCCCUGCUCCCCCUGUUGCUGUGGAAACCGUGGCUGCUGCCUACCCGCAGUACCAGGUGCAUGUGCCCCAGCAGGCCUACCCUGCCACAGGAUACACUGUCCCAUACAAUAGCUACCCAGCAGCAGGCUAUGCAUACACAGCCACAACACAUUUGGGGCAGACGGUAGCUUACACCUAUGCACCUGGCCAGGUGGCUCACCAAGCCAUGCCCGUACAGCAGGUGCAGCAGGUGCCUCCUCAGCAGCAUCUCUACACCAAUGCUACUGCUGCUUCUUAUGUGUACCACCCACACCAGAUUGUACAGGCUGGUCCAGCUGUGAUGCAGCCUCCACAGCAGCUGCAGCAAGCGCACCUUCCACCACCACCGCCACCACUUGUGGGCCAGCUACCUCCCAGGCCACCCACAUAGCACUCGAGUGCCCUUCAGGACAUUGUGCACAGCAGUGAUUACUUUCCAAGAAAGAUACUUUGUGUUGUGGCAUUAGGUGGCACAAAACAGGACCUUCAGAGGAGCGAAGGCUCUAUUGUGGGCUCAAGUCAUGGGUGCUUGCCAUUUUCUUGGAUCAUGUGUAGCUCUGUGGACAUCUGUGAGUCAAGAGCUCUAAACAUAUUUGUUGCGUCGUCUUCACAGUGAAUGUUUUACCUGAGGCUGGUAUUCCAGCUUUGAUUUGGAACAAGGUGCAUGUCACUUAGCUUUUGUUUACAGUGUACACCAUGAACAUACUGCAUUGAACAUCGUUAUAAAUUGUGUAAAUAUGCUUUUUGUUAUUCGUAGAAUAAAUGAAGUAUUCUUGUGGAAUAA